AUGGCGGCGCCCUCACGAGUUGCCUCAAUACACAAUGCGGUGCGCGGAAGUCUUCGAAACUUAGAAUUUGACGGUGAGCAAGUCUACGGAGACGCACCAGGGAAGCAGGCACAGCUCCGACAUUCGAGCUUCCAGAAGCCUUCCGGAAGUGAAUUUCCAUCGAGGUAAGAAGCUAUCCAUCAGUCAGCGGGGGACCGAGGAAAUUUCCUCCUACGGGAGCCUGUCAGUCUUUUGACGAAGCUGAGAGCUGAUUCGAGCCCUCGAGGAUGCAGCCCGAGAAUAAUGUCGUGCGGUCCGGUUGGGAUAGAAACUUUCUUGUAUCGCUGGUGUCCGGCGCGUGCGCUGGACUCAGCGUGGACCUACUAAUAUUCCCCCUCGAUACGAUAAAGACUCGUAUGCAAAGCCCGAGUGGCUUCCUCAGAUCAGGUGGUGUCCACAAUCUUUAUGCGGGAUCCGCAUCCGUACUCUUAGGAGCGGCGCCAGGGGCGGCUGCAUUCUUUGUGGCCUACGAUCUGAGCAAACGUUUGCUAGAAACUCAGACUGCCUGGGAUCCACUCGUCCAUAUGACCGCGGCCUCAAUCGGUGAGGUCGUCGCGUGUUCGGUCCGAGUUCCAGUCGAGGUUGUCAAACAGAGAACCCAAGCACGGCAGAGCGUUUCCUCAUGGAUAACGUUUCGGAAUACCUUGAAGUACGAGGGGAGGCGGGGUCUGUAUCGAGGCUACGGUAGCACAGUUCUCCGAGAGAUACCUUUUUCGGUGAUACAAUUCCCUCUCUGGGAGUGGUUCAAGAAUGACUUGCGAUACGACAGACAGCGAGAGCUACUUCCGAUCGAAGCCGCUUUUUGUGGAGCCAUGGCAGGAGGCAUCGCAGGGUUCGUCACAACUCCUCUCGACGUCGCGAAGACUAGAAUAAUGUUGCACAAGGAAGCGAAUCUUACUGUGAGGAAAGCUCUUAAAGAAGCUUGGGAGUUCAACGGUUUUGAUGGCGUGCUCGCCGGCUUGUCGGCCAGAAGUGUCUCGCUCGCGCUCGGAGGUUUCAUAUUUUUGGGCAUUUACGAGACGGCCCGACAAACGGUUGAACAGGUCAUCUGAGGGUCGAAGCAUCUGACCUGGAGUGCUGAUUUCCGAAGCGAUGAUAUUUAGGAGAAUAAGCUUUCGAGUCGGGCCUUCUGAUGGAAAUAGGAGCGAAUAAACUACAGUUUU